AUGGAUUCAACGCCAGCUCAACGUCGCCUUCAAGCCAUUCACGCCCACCUCACCACCGCCGCUGCCGACUCUGAGUCUCUUCUCCGGCCAAACCUCACCGCCGGCGAGUUCGUUUCCGAGCAAGGGUACAGUGUGGUGCUUCCAGAGAAAUUACAGACAGGAAAGUGGAAUGUAUACAGAUCUGCACGCUCCCCAUUGAAGCUUGUUAGUAGAUUCCCUGAUCAUCCUGAAAUUGGUACACUGCAUGAUAAUUUCGUGCACGCAGUUGAUACUUUCCGAGAUUACAAAUAUUUGGGAACACGAAUUCGGGUUGAUGGAACAGUUGGAGAAUACAAAUGGAUGACAUAUGGAGAAGCAAGUACUGCACGGUCAGCAAUAGGUUCUGGCCUAAUUUAUCAUGGAAUACCAAAGGGUGCUGGCAUUGGGUUGUAUUUUAUCAACAGACCUGAGUGGCUCAUUGUUGAUCAUGCUUGCUCUGCAUAUUCGUACAUAUCAGUUCCUUUAUAUGACACUCUAGGUCCAGAUGCUGUCAAGUACAUUGUAAAUCAUGCUGUUGUACAAGUUAUAUUUUGUGUGCCUGAAACGUUGAAUAGUUUGUUGAGCUUCUUGGCGGAUAUUCCAACUGUACGCUUGAUUGUGGUUGUUGGCGGUAUAGAUGAUCGAAUACCAUCACUUCCAUCAUCAACUGGAGUGAAGGUUGUAACAUAUUCAAAAUUGCUUAGUCAGGGCAAUAGUAGUCUUCAGCCUUUUUUCCCACCAGAACCGGAAGAUGUUGCAACAAUAUGCUACACAAGUGGUACAACUGGCACCCCAAAGGGAGCUGUAUUGACACAUGGAAACUUGAUUGCAAAUGUUGCUGGGGCCACUAUGGCUAUCAAAUUCUACCCGUCUGACGUCUACAUAUCAUAUCUUCCUUUGGCGCAUAUUUAUGAACGUGCUAACCAGGUCAUGACAGUAUAUUUUGGGGUUGCUGUUGGAUUCUACCAAGGGGAUAGUUUGAAGCUAAUGGACGAUAUGGCUGCUCUAAGACCUACCAUCUUCUGCAGUGUUCCUAGGCUGUAUAACAGAAUAUAUGCUGGAAUUACAAAUGCAGUAAAGACAUCCGGUGUGCUGAGGGAGAGGCUAUUUACUGCUGCUUACAAUGCCAAGAAGCAAGCAUUAUUAAGUGGCAAAAAUCCAUCUCCCAUGUGGGACAGAUUGGUAUUCAAUAAGAUAAAGGCUAAGCUAGGAGGACGGGUUCGUUUUAUGGCAUCAGGUGCUUCACCCUUGUCUCCUGAUGUCAUGGAAUUUUUGAAGAUAUGCAUUGGUGGUGAAGUAAGUGAAGGAUAUGGAAUGACGGAGACUUCUUGUGUUAUUAGUUCUGUGGAUGGGGGUGACAACCUAUAUGGCCAUGUUGGCUCUCCUAAUCCAGCUUGUGAAAUAAAACUUGUUGAUGUACCAGAGAUGAACUACACGUCUGAGGAUCAACCCUAUCCUCGUGGUGAAAUCUGUGUCAGGGGUCCUAUUAUUUUCCAAGGCUAUCACAAAGAUGAAGUGCAGACGAGAGAAGUGGUCGAUGAAGAUGGAUGGCUUCAUACUGGAGAUAUUGGGCUGUGGUCACCGGGGGGUCGUCUGAAAAUCAUUGAUAGGAAGAAGAACAUUUUCAAGUUGGCACAAGGAGAGUAUAUAGCUCCAGAGAAAAUUGAGAAUGUUUAUGCCAAGUGCAAGUUUGUUGCCCAGUGCUUUGUCCAUGGUGACAGCCUAAAUUCUUCUUUGGUAGCAAUUGUGUCAGUUGACCCAGAUGUCUUGAAAGCAUGGGCUGAUUCUGAAGGCAUUAAGUAUCAAGAUUUAGGGCAACUGUGCAAUGACCCUAGAGCAAGGGCAGCUGUAUUGGCUGAUAUGGAUGCUGUUGGCAGGGAAGCUCAGGCAAGUUUGAGAGGUUUUGAAUUUGUGAAAGCUGUGACACUGGUGCUUGAACCAUUCACGAUAGAGAAUGGUCUGCUCACUCCAACAUUUAAGAUCAAGAGACCUCAAGCGAAGGAAUACUUUGCAAAAGAGAUAUCAACUAUGUAUUCGGAGCUCUCGACUUCUGAUCCCGCCCCUUCAAAACUUUAA